GCAGGAGCAGCUCGGGGUAUCGCCGAACCUACUCCUACUCUAGCCCCGGAACACCUCUGGACCACUUUCGAGUGAAGGAACUCCUCACGUUGACUACACGAGACGUCGAGCGAUGAUAAGAGGGAGCCGACGCAAGUCCACCCGUUAGCAAAGCGCCGGAAAGGCAUGGGCUGGCAGACAUAUUCGACACAUAAAACAGCACAUUAAGGUUUUGAGUCGCUGUCGCCAACACCGCUGUCGCCCUCGACGCGAGCGCUAUGGACGCACACCUUUAUAGAAGAUCGCAGCUCAAAAGCCUUUGGGAGAGGCAAGGCAAAACCGUGACGAGAUGCGCUUUCAUUAUUCUUUACGUGAUUCUCGUCGUCGCGAGCUAUACGGUGCUGCAAGGAACGACCUACAUCGCGUUCGGUGUAUCGUUGUACAUGAUCGCGUCGGGAGUCCUUUUCGGAAUAUUUGUGUUCGCUUGCGGAGGAUCGGGCACGCGACUUUGCGAAUGUUGCCGUUUCGGAUGCGCUCUGGUGCUCGCGCUCGCUCUGACUUUUUUCAUCCUGGUAUCCGGAGGAGUCGCAGCCGACGCGGCGGCUCAGAGCCAUUCGGCGCUAUUGCCCCGACCAAGCCUUCUACUCGACACCGUCAUCGUGGCAUCGAUUGGACUCUUUGUUGUGAUCGUCAUUCUACUGCCCGUUCUCGCUCCUGUGAAAAUACAGGGUCGAGACACCGACCGAAUGACCAUACAGAUGACGGCGGUCUACGCUCAGUUCGCCUCUAGAUCCGACCGGGACAGCAGCGGGUCUGCGGUGAAUCCCACCCUGCUGAUCGGGAACGGGACGGGACCGCCGGGCACCGAGACACUACUCCUGUACUCGCGGGUUCGAGGUCAGCCUCCCACCUACGAGGAAAGCCAACUGCGGAACAGCCAACGGGAACAGGCGGGCCCAUCGAUGAGAAGGAGCAGCGCCUCGUCGAACGCUUCUUCGAGAGCAAAGAUUUCCAAAACAGUUUUCGUGUUCUCGGGUGGUUCGCUAGACCGGACUCGAACGCCUCCGACGCCGAGCUGUCCACCUCCACCGUAUGACGAGCAAGACUUGCAAUCCAGUGCUUUGAUCAUACAGAAGCAGAUUCAGAACGGCACAGCAACAACGACGGUUUGGUCUUCCGAAAGCGGUCUCGGCACGAAUGGAAUCAGUAUCGAAGGUCUGUUCCCGCCGUCGUACGAGGAGGCGACCGAAUGGGAACGCCCUUCGUCGACGAGACGCAGGGAGCGUCCCGAGCUGUUCGGCGGAAACCAGCCCGGUACGUCCAGGGUGAACUACUACUGUGCGGACAGGUAUUACGUACACCAUCAACAGACGCCCCAGCAGCAACAGCUGUCCAUCGCAACUCCGGGCUCGCCGUCAACUUCGUCGGAUUGGCGUUCUCGUGCUCGAUCGAUUCUGGAUAGUUGCAGCGAUACAGACGAUUCCCGCAACGGCACGCUCCAGCGACCGCAGCCGAAGGCCAUCUCGUCCUCCGCCGAUUAUCUCGCGCAGAGCCAUCAACAACUACAACAGCAGCACUAUCGCAUGUACGGCACGCUUCCUUUGCAGCACCACCGGCCUCAACAACCCGCGGUAAUGGGCGGGUCGCUCGUUGUGGGAAGUUCCCAGGUGUUCCCCAAUCAUGUCGCGCUACCGCUCGAGGCGAAUGCUUGCGCAACGCUCCGUCCGUCGGCUGACUGGGGCCGGUAUAACCGAAUUCGUUCGUUCCUCGAUAACAGCGAUACGUCGACCGAGGACGCCGGUGCCGCCGCCGAAAUUCCCUCAGUCCACAACUACGUCAAUUAUCGGACGUAUCAUGGCGGGAGAAGGUACCAGAACCAUUGGAGGAGACAGUACGCCAUGGACGAGUACCACGGCAUGGUCUACGGCACCACCGGACGGAUGAUGUGUCAUCAGUCGCGCACGGCCUAUUACUAUCCGCACACAGGCUCGCUACAGAGACCAAUAAACCACGCCAUAAAUACACCAGGACUGCCAAAUUGUCCGCAGCGAAGUUCAGAGGCGGUCGGGAGCGGACAGGGGAAAACCGUCAGCAUGACGGACAGUACACCAGAGUCGCCCGGCACCGAUUCUCGAUCUUUUCUCAUCAUAGAGCCAUCGGAGUAUAACCUAAUACUCCUGGCUCUCAGGAGAUUGUUCCUCUGUUUACUGCUCCUGUUCCUGAUGGGUCUCGGGGCUCUAGCCAUGUGGCUCGACACCGACAGACGCUACUCGGGCUUUUUCUUGGCACUGGUCGCAUUCAGCGGCACAUUGGCUGUCGUCCGCCGCGGAACUCAUCUGCAGGAGGGGGAAGCUCUAUUCGCUGAUGACGAUGAGGUCAUCAAUGCUUAUCUGACGACGCCGAACGAAUCGCCGAAACAUUCGACCAAUGCUUACCGCCAUCAACACACAGUGUGCUUAGGACCACCACCGCAGUUCUCAGAUGAAAAUUCGGACGCUCCUCCAGCGGUCCAUCAGAGUAUGUCACGAUGCGCUCAAUGGAGUCACCCACCGCCUCCGUAUCAUAUGGCGUGCCCCGAGCCCCCUCCGGCUUAUGCAGAUGUCGUGCCUAAUAUCAUGGAUCGAAAUACUCCUUCGACAUCGCGAGAGUAUCCCGCACUCGCGGACGUUCUCUUCAACGGGACUUACGCUCCAGCUGAUGAUAUGAUCGCUCCCCAAAUGCCCUCAACAUCUUUGGCUCUCGGGACAGUCGGCGAAUUGACUCAUGUACUGAGCGACGGAGUUCAAAGUGCCGUUCCGGGAAACGUGUUGCCCGACCCCGGGACUGAUGUACAGGAUCAGCUGGCGGGCCCGUCGAGCGCCCAAUGA